AUGCAUACCCCUCUUCUUUUCUUGUCACUAUUAUCAAUUGGUGCUGGUGCAGUCCCAACCUAUGGACUCGGCACGACCUCAGGCUGGGAUUCGGCAUACACAAAAGCCCAGACAGCACUUGCAAAGCUGAGUCAAGAUGAAAAAGCCGGGAUCGUGACCGGGAUGACAUGGGAGGGUGGUCCCUGUGUGGGAAAUACCUACGCCGCCAACUCGAUCGGUUAUCCAUCGCUAUGUCUGCAAGACUCGCCGCUGGGUAUCCGAUUUGCGAAUCCAGUUACAGCAUUUCCCGCGGGUAUCAAUGCCGGCGCGACUUGGGAUCGAAGUUUGUUGUAUGCGCGUGGUGCGGCGAUGGGGGCUGAGGCUAAGGGUCUUGGUGUUCAUGUUCAGUUGGGGCCUGUGGCUGGACCGCUGGGCAAGAAUCCUGAUGGUGGGCGCAAUUGGGAGGGUUUCUCGGCUGACCCUUAUCUCAGUGGUGUUGGGAUGGAAGAGACGAUUCGUGGAAUGCAGGAUUCGGGGGUGCAGGCAUGCGCCAAACAUUGGCUUGGUAAUGAGCAAGAGGUUAAUCGUGAUACGAUUAGUUCGAACAUGGGCGAUCGUGAGACUCACGAGUUAUACGUGUGGCCAUUCAUGAAUGCGGUUAGGGCGGAUGUUGCAUCUGUGAUGUGCUCUUACAAUAAAGUCAAUGGGACUUGGGCCUGUGAGAGCGACGAGAUCCUGAACGAACUUAUGAAGAAUGAGCUCGGAUUUCGAGGGUACAUUAUGAGCGACUGGAAUGCGCAACACACUGGGGUGAACAGUGCCCUGGCCGGAUUGGACAUGACGAUGCCGGGAAGUGAUUUUAACACGCCUCGCGGCAGCAUUUUCUGGGGCUCAAACUUGGUCGAAGCCGUGUCCAAUGGCUCGGUGCCACAAUCUCGCCUUGAUGAUAUGGUCACUCGUAUCUUGGCUGCUUGGUACCUAGUCGAUCAAGACCAAGGUUAUCCGGAGGUUGCUUUUAGCUCUUGGAAUGGUGGUAAAGCCAACGUUGAUGUGACUGCUGGCCAUGCCUCUGUAGCUCGUGCCGUGGCCCGGGACUCCAUCAUUCUAUUGAAGAACGAAGCCAAGAUAUUGCCGCUUGGACGACCGGAAAGUCUGGCUAUCAUUGGGCAAGACGCUAUCGUCAAUCCUGGCGGACCUAACGCAUGCAGUGAUCGCGGUUGUGAUAAUGGGACGCUAGCAAUGGGAUGGGGAAGUGGAACUGCCGAUUUCCCAUAUCUCGUCGGCCCUCUCGAGGCAAUUCAAAAACAGGCAGACCAGCAUGGAACAAAGAUAGUCACCAGCACCACAGAUAACUUCACAGCAGGGGCAGAGGCCGCUGCCGCCGCCGAGACAGCAAUUGUCUUCAUCAACUCAGACUCAGGCGAAGGAUACAUCACAGUAGAAGGCAACGCAGGAGACCGCAACAAUCUAGACCCCUGGCACAAUGGCAACACCCUCGUACAAUCCGUCGCAGCCGCGAACAAGAACGUGAUAGUGGUCAUACACAGCGUAGGACCAGUGAUACUAGAAACGAUCCUCGCGCAACCAUCCGUGAAAGGCAUAAUCUGGGCCGGACUACCCGGUCAAGAAAGCGGGAAUGCCCUAACGGACAUCCUAUUCGGAACGACCUCGCCGAGCGGCAAAUUGCCCUACACAAUUGCCAGACAGCGCGCGGAUUACGGCGCGGGAUGGAUUAAUGCGCAGAGUGACCCCUUUUCCGAGGGCAUCUUUGUUGACUAUCGCCAUUUCGAUGAGCAGGGUGUUGAGCCGCGGUUUGAAUUUGGUUAUGGGCUCUCGUAUACGCGGUUCAAUUAUACUGGGCUUUCGGUUAGUGUAUACACAACUCCGGGACCUGCGGUUGGAUCUGUUGUUUCUGGUGGACCUGUGGAGCUUUUUGAGUCUGUCGGUACGGUUACGGUUCAACUUGUGAAUUGUGGUUUGGUUGAAGGUGCGGAAGUAGCGCAGCUUUAUAUUGGGUUGCCGGAUUCUGCGCCCCCGAGCCCACCGAAGCAACUGCGUGGGUUUGAGAAGGUGAAAUUCCAACCUGGUCAAGCUGGUACGGCUAGAUUCGAAUUGACGCGACGGGAUCUAAGUUACUGGGAUACACUGACGCAGAAGUGGGUUGUUCCUAGUGGGACAUUCAAGGUCUACGUGGGGGCGUCUAGUCGAGAUAUUCGCCAACAAGCGUCAUUUCUUGUUGGAAAUUAG